UCUCCCUCGGCUGGACAGCUCUCCUCGGGGCUCUCUUACUGCUUCUCCUGGCGGAGAGGGAGGAUAUGGAGCCUAUUCUGGCGCGGGUGGAGUGGUCCACACUUUUGUUCUUUGCGGCUCUCUUUGUGUUGAUGGAAGCUCUCUCCAAGCUGGGUCUGAUCGCAUGGAUCGGCAAGAUGACUGAAGCCGUCAUCCUGAGCGUCGGGCAGGAGUCCCGCCUGGCUGUCGCCGUCAUGCUGGUGCUUUGGGUGUCAGGGAUAGCAUCAGCGUUCGUGGACAACAUUCCCCUGACGACCAUGAUGGUGCGAGUCAUGGCCACCCUGGCUGAUCCCAACGGGCUGGGGCUCCCUCUGGCGCCUUAGGCCUGGUCGCUGAGCUUCGGGGCCUGUCUUGGAGGUAACGGCACCCUCAUUGGCGCUAGUGCGAACGUUGUUUGCGCAGGAGUGGCCGAGCAACAUGGCUACCGGUUCACGUUCGUCCAAUACCUCAAAGUAGGGUUCCCCAUCAUGAUUGGAAACCUUUUAGUCGCGUCAGUGUACUUGCUGAUAUGUCAUUGUGCUUUCACGUGGCACUGAUAUUGACUUAUUUGACUUAAGGUCCUAUGUCCCCUAGAUGGGGCAGAGGGCGUCCACAACAGUCCUCCAUCGCGUUCGGUCUUGAGCUUCGCGCUUGAUCUCGCUCCGGGUCUUGCCGCUUUUCUUCGCCUCGGCACUGAUAU